ACUUUUGAUAAAUGAUAACUUAAUUUGGUAAAAGCCUAUAAUCAUGCUUCUUACAGGAUGUUAAAGAUUUUGUAUUUACUGGUGCACACUGCCUGUUUGAGGGUUAAAAAAGUCUGGUGGGUGAGUGCUCACUUGCAAAACUAGCGCCAUUUAGAAAAGUGACUACAACUCCCAUCAUCCCACGGGGUUCUUUACGAAACAUUAAUGGCUGUGUUAUAUAAGCAGUAUGUGAGUGUAUGUGUCGUGUAUGACAGUAGAUAAGUAUAUAAACUGUUUCUACGUAGAAAACUGAAGGUAAAGUUUAUUUACUAAGUGGCUCAGAGAUAAUGCUAACUCUUCCUGUAACUAGGUAACGAAGCAUUAGCAGCAGCUAGCAGGAUUCUCCGUUAAGUAACUGUAUGCUUUAUAACUAAUUUAUAUCUUCGUCGACAUUAUUUAAACAGUACAGAGCACAAUGCCGGAGGGUCCGGAGCUGCACUUAGCCGGUUUGUUUGUAAACAAAGCGUGUGCAGGUGUAAUAUUUAGCGGAGCUGUAGAGAAAUCUGAGGUAAGUAAAAACCCGGAGGUAGCGUUUGCAUGCGAUGCAUACCGAAUCAGCGCAACGUCCAGAGGAAAAGAAGUGCGACUCACUCUCACUCCUAUAAAGAGUGAUACACAGAGCAGAGUGAAACUAGUACACAACCAAGAGCCCAUGGACGUGGUCUUUAGAUUUGGCAUGUCAGGUUAUUUCAGCUUUACUGCUGUAUCUGAUCUUCCAAAGCAUGCCCACCUAAGAUUUUACACCAAAGAGAAAACUAAGAGAGUGUUGAGCUUUGUGGACACACGCAGAUUUGGAAGCUGGCAGCCCAAUGGAAACUGGCAGCAGGAUAGAGGCCCAUGUGUCAUGUUAGAAUAUGAGAGCUUCAGGUGGGACCAGUUCACUUUAUUCACUCACUGGUAUAAAAACAGCAUCAUAUUAAAUCUGAAACUAUUGUGUCUAAUGCAUUCCUUAUUUUUCAGGCUGAACGUUUUGUCCAAUCUGUCAGACAAGGCAUUUGACAAACCAAUUUGUGAGGCUCUUCUAAAUCAGAAGUAUUUCAAUGGAAUUGGAAACUACCUUCGAGCUGAGAUUCUGUACAGAUUAAAUACUCCACCUUUUGUGAAAGCAAGGUCUGUGUUGGAUGGACUCGAACUAAUAAAGGAUGAGACAAAGGAUGUUAAAGAGGAGAUUACCCUAGAGGCAAAGAGAUUUUCUGAAGGCGGGAAAAUCGAGAGUCCAGAUCUUCUCUCUCUCUGUCACACUGUACCACUGGAGGUGGUUAACCUUGGUGGAAAAGGUUAUGACCCAGCAAAAGCAGAUUACUCAGUAUUUCAGUCCUGGCUCCAGUGUUACUUUGUUGAUGGAAUGAAGUCAGCAAGGGACCGUAAUGGAAGAACAAUAUGGUUUAAAGGUGAUCCUGGUCCGAUGGUGCCUAAAGGCUCCAAAUCUCUCAAGCGAAAGAGAACAAUAAAAAAAGAUGAACAUGACUAUACAGUUAAAAAGGAAAAGCCUGUCAAAAAAGAGCCAAGGGCUAGAAAACAGGAACAAGAUGUGUCUGAAAAAAAGUGUGACAGCAGGAAACGCACCAGCACCAAGAUAGAUACAGAUGCAGCUGUUAAAAAGAAAAGGACCAAUGCGCAUGGAAAGAGCGACUCAGCAGGGAUGCAGAAAACGAACGUGAAGAGUGCAAGAGCAAGUGUUCGGGGUAGAAAAGCAAAAGCUAAGAAUGCCCAGAGGAAAAGAAGAAACUAACUUGAGACCAGUCCUUGCUGUCUUUCAUAUAGAUAGAAAUACUUAACCUGGAGAGUCACAGCAGAUGUGUGAGCCAUUCAUAUCUCAAAAGGGUCCAGCAACUACUGCUAGGUGCAGCUAUUACAUUUUUUUUUGUUACAAUAUGUUUAUAAGAAAAAAGCUUUUUAUGCCACAUUUUCUUCCACUUUAUACUGUAGCAGAAAAAAAGGUUUCAGAUUGUUUAAGCUAAAUGUUUACUAUGAGUAUCAGAAUCCAAAUAUCAAAAAAUGAUUUUUAAAAUUGUAUUUUAUUAACACAUGUGGGCCCCUGUCCUGAGCCCACCAGUUUACUCAUCAGAGCUGUAAAAGGAGUGUAAUGAUCUGAAAUGGUUUAAAAGUGAGGGUUAUUUGAGAGUCUGUGACUGCAGCAGGGUGGCUGGGACAUUCUAGCAUGUUGCAACUGUAAUCAAAAAGAAAAAACAGGCUUCAGUUCAGUCACAAAAUAUACUGUAUAUAAUCAUUAAUAUGUAUAGUCUUAUUUGCCACAGUAAUGUAGUAUUUAAAUUCUGAACUUAACACCUCUGACCUGUAAUUUAACUUGGAUUUGCAUUCAAAAUCCAGAAAAAAAGCAUUGUCAGAAUAAAUAUGCUGUGCAAACAAUGAUUUAUUCGAUACAUUAAAUGGAUAAAAGUAUAUGAACACUUGA